UCAGCUGAGCUGGCUGAUGUGAAAACUCUGUUUCAUUGUACGUGAUUUUAGAGCUCGACUAUAGAUUAUUGGGAUGGAGAAUGACAUUAUCGUCUCUCUUGAAGAUUUAGGGUACCAAGGCCCUCUGUUGGAGGAAGGAGCUCUGGAUCCGGCUGUGAGCAGAGGAGCAGCUUCACCUGAGUUUACUAAGCUCUGUGCCUGGAUCGUCUCUGAGCUAAGACUCUACUGCAGGCUGGAGGAGAAUGUCCAUGCCACCAACUGUCCGAGCGAGGCAGAGGGCUUCCAGCUGGAGAUGAGCGGCCUGCUGUCGGAGCUCGCCUGUCCUUACUCUGUCCUCACGAGCGGAGACAUCACCCAGAGGCUCCUCAACAGGACCGACUGUCUGCUGCUCCUCACCUUUUUGGUGUCUGAGCUGGAGGCGUCGAGGAUGAUCCUGGUUACAAAGCCUGAAAAGAAAACCCAGGAGUCAGGCAGCCCCAUGUUCCAGGAGCUGAAGGGCAUCUGCAUGUCCCUGGGCAUGUCCAAGCCUCCAGCCAACAUCACCAUGUUCCAGUUCUUCAGUGGAAUUGAAAAGAAGCUGAAAGAAGCCAUGAGUAAAGUCCAACCCCAUCACGUAGGAGAGCCUUUGAUGAAGAAGACCCUUGGACCUGUGCACUUGGAAAAAAUUGAAGCUAUAAACCAAGCACUUGUUAAUGAGUAUGAAGUGAGAAGAAAAAUGUUGUUGAAACGCCUUGAUGUCACAGUGCAGUCUUUUGGUUGGUCUGACAGAGCAAAGACGCAUGCUGAAAAAUUGGCCAAGGUUUACCAGCCACUACGUUCUACUCUUGACACCAAAAGUAAAAUCUCUGUUGCUCACCUUCUCGCUGCUCGACAAGACUUUUCCAAGAUCCUACGUACAAGCAGUGGCAAGAUUAGAGAGAAGACUGCUUGUGCCAUUAAUAAGGUUCUAAUGGGCCGAGUGCCAGACAGGGGAGGCCGCCCCUGUGAGAUCGAGCCUCCUCCACCCGAGAUGCCCUCAUGGCAGAAGCGUCAGGAUGCACCCCAAGGCGGAGGACACUAUGGUGGGAGCGGGCAUGGAGGCAGCAGGGGUGGCUACGAUCACUACUCCCAAGGUGGCCGUGGAGGAUAUGAGAGAGGAGGCGGAGGAGGACAUGUAGACAGGGGAGGUAGAGGAGGAGGAGGAGGAGGAGGAGGCGGCGGCGGCAGAGGAGGAGGAAAGGUGCAGGGAGGCUGGGGAGAUGGUGUUGGAGGGGGGAGAGGCGGUUACAACCAGAGCCACUAUCAAGAUGCCUCAAGUCAUCAAGGGGGAGGAGGGAGAGGUGGCUUCGGAGGAGGAGGGAACAACCAAGGAGGAUUCCAGGACCCUGGCUACCAUGGAGGAGGUAGCGGUUACCAUGACAAUUACCAGCAAGAUGGAGGUUGGCAUCAGGAAAGAGGAGGGGGUCGAGGAGGUCGUGGUGGCAGGGGAAGAGGAGGAGGAGGAGGAGGAGGAGGAGGAGGAGGAGGAGGAGGACAAGGAGGAGGCUGGGGUGGGAGAGGGGCCCAGAAUUUUAACCAAGGCGGACAGUUUGAACAGUUCUUCCAACAUGGCGGGCAGCACUACAACCAAGCUGGCUUUAAUCAAGGCAGACACUACACUAGUUGAAGACGCAGUGAGGGACAUCACAGCAGAGUCCACUUGAAGAUUGACUCCAUAUCAUAUGUGAGCAGAUGUGAAAUGCCUUAUCAUCCAAUAAAGAAUUUUUCAGCACGGUUAAAAGUUGACAUAUGUUUGAGGACGUAGGAGAUCAACACAGAUACGGUACACACUCAGUUUUGUAAUUCUUGUUUUACUACAGAGAGCCAUUUUACUGUAGUCCUUUGCUUUUUCAUAAUGGUGUGUAAAUGUUUUCUCUGCCUCCUCAUUACAAGUAUUCAAGCCAACAGCUCUUCAUUAAUGGUUACUCGAUUAGUUGGACUCUGCUGUUUUGACCUCACUUUGACACUUAUUUAGCCUUAUAUUGAACAUGUUUUUGAAAGACAGGAAAGCGUCCUCUAAGAAUGCAGUGUUGGUGCAAUUACUGUAUAUCUGACGUUAGAAGUGCACUCUUGAAAUCCUUAAUAGUUUCAUUGAAUUUGACCCUUACUUGAAAACAACUUCAUGUUUCCAGUCUACAUUUUGUUUCAGUAGGUUUGACUGGAGUCUCCUUUGUUAGUUAUUUAAAAUAUGUAAUCUUUUACUGCUCAUGGAAGAUUGUGUGCAUACAUAUAUGGAUGUUGGAAGAUUUGCAUGGGUGUGUGAAUGAGCAAUAAAAUCUGAAA